GCCCCGCCCCUCGUUCGCUGGCUCACUCUGAUGGUAGAGAUUAUUAGUGUGAGAUUGAGGCGAGCACGCGCAGGCAGGCAGGCAGGCAGCGCGCGCGCACGGCGGAGCGAGGAGCAGCAGUGAUUAGUGGAGACGGAGAGAGAAACCCGGGGGAAGAGAGGAGAAGCCCGGCGUGCUGGAGUCUGAAUUCAGUGUGUGAAGUGCGGGGGAGCGGAAUGGCUUGGUGUCGUGCGCGGUUUUCCGUUGGGAAGUUCGUACGGAGGACAGUUUGAGGAGAGAAGCUCGUACGCUGGAUAUUUAACUAACGCUGUUAGCUACGCUCAGGUUAACCGCAGCUCCGGGACGCUGAGCUCCUGCAGGGGCUGCGAACUAGCCAGCUAGCCCUGUAAACCCUGUAAAACUCUUAAACUGGACUGUUCUCAGCUCGGAUAGGUGUGAUGUCUUGAAGCAGUCUCCGGGGCUUUUGAAGGAUGUGCGGUGAGUGCUGAUGGGAACUGCGGUUCCAAUAUGAGUGUUCAUGAUGUUGGAGGAAGACGACGCUUCGAGGACUCAGAGUUCACCCUGCGCAUUUACCCCGGGGUCAUCGCGGAGGGCACCAUCUACAGCCCGGUCGCCGCCCGCAAGAACACCUCGGCCGCCGAGGUCAUCGAGCAGGUCAUCGACCGCCUGCAGCUGGACAGGACCAAAUGCUACGUCUUGGCAGAGGUGAAGGAGUUUGGUGGCGAGGAAUGGAUCCUCAACCCCACCGACUGCCCGGUGCAGCGCAUGAUGCUGUGGCCCCGCAUGGCCCUGGAGAACCGCUUCAGCAGCGAGGAUUAUCGCUUCCUGCUGCGAGAGAAGAACCUGGACGGCUCCAUCCACUACGGCAACCUGCAGAUGUGGCUGCGCGUGACGGAGGAGCGGCGGCGCAUGGUGGAACGAGGCCUCCUGCCGCAGCCGCUACAGAAGGACCACGACGACCUGUGCAACCUGCCCGACCUCAACGAGAAGACGCUGCUGGACAACCUGCGCAGUCGCUUCAAACAGGAGAAGAUCUACACCUAUGUGGGGAGCAUCCUCAUCGUCAUCAACCCCUUCAAGUUUCUGCCUAUUUACAAUCCCAAAUAUGUCAAGAUGUACGAUAACCACCAGCUGGGGAAGCUGGAGCCGCAUAUCUACGCGGUCGCGGACGUGGCCUACCACACUAUGUUGCAGCGCAGGCAGAACCAGUGUAUAGUUAUCUCUGGAGAAAGCGGCUCGGGGAAGACCCAGAGCACUAACUUCUUGAUCCAUCACCUCACAGCGCUCAGUCAAAAAGGCUUUGCGAGUGGAGUGGAGCAGAUCAUUCUUGGAGCUGGACCAGUGUUAGAGGCCUUUGGAAACGCAAAGACCGCUCACAAUAACAACUCGAGUCGCUUCGGCAAGUUCAUCCAAGUGAACUACCAGGAGAGCGGCACAGUUAGAGGAGCAUAUGUGGAGAAGUACCUGCUAGAAAAGUCCAGGCUUGUCUAUCAGGAGCACAAUGAAAGGAACUACCAUGUGUUUUACUACCUGCUGGCGGGAGCAAGCGAGGAGGAGAGGACUGCUUUCCACCUCCGAAAACCUGAAGAAUACCAUUACCUCAGUCAGAUGACAAAGAAACCUCAGAGACUGCACUGGGAAAAUUACUAUGAAAGUGAACCGCAGGAUUGCUUCACAGUGGAAGGGGAGGAUCUGAAGCACGACUUUGAGAGGCUGCAGCUGGCCAUGGAGAUGGUGGGGUUCCUGCCCGCCACACGCAAACAGAUCUUUUCUCUGUUGUCGGCCAUCCUUCAUUUGGGAAACAUCCGAUACAAGAAGAAGACCUACCGGGACGACUCCAUCGACAUCUGCAAUCUUGAAGUUUUACCCAUUGUUUCAGAGCUGCUGGAGGUCAAAGAAGAGAUGCUGUUUGAAGCCCUGACAACUCGCAAGACAGUGACUGUGGGAGAGAGGCUGAUAGUGCCCUACAAACUGGCUGAGGCGGGCACUGUGCGUGACUCCAUGGCUAAAUCGCUGUACAGUGCACUGUUCGACUGGAUCGUGUUCAGAAUCAAUCAUGCACUGCUGAACAACAGAGACCUGGAGGAGUCAGCCAAGAUGUUGUCCAUCGGGGUUCUUGACAUCUUCGGCUUUGAGGACUAUGAGAACAACAGCUUUGAGCAGUUCUGCAUUAACUUUGCCAAUGAGAGGCUUCAGCAUUACUUCAAUCAGCACAUCUUCAAGCUGGAGCAGGAAGAGUACAGGGCAGAGGGCAUCACCUGGCAUAACAUAGAUUACAUUGACAACACAGGCUGCAUCAACCUCAUCAGCAAGAAACCCACAGCAUUGCUCCACCUACUGGAUGAAGAGUGCAACUUCCCACAGGCGACCAACCAGACAUUACUGGACAAAUUCAAGCGGCAGCACGAUGGCAACAGUUACAUCGAGUUUCCUGCUGUGAUGGAGCCGGCUUUCAUCAUCAGACACUAUGCCGGAAAGGUCAAGUACGGUGUGAAGGACUUCAGGGAGAAGAACACGGACCACAUGCGGCCGGACAUUGUGGCUCUGCUGAAAAGCAGUAAGAACGCAUUUAUCUGCAGCCUGAUCGGCAUCGACCCGGUGGCCACUUUCCGCUGGGCUGUCCUGCGUGCAUACUUCCGAGCUGUGGUGUCCUUCAGGGAGGCGGGGAAGAGACAUGUGGAGAAGAAGACUGGGCAUGAUGAUGCUGCUCCAUGUGCAGUUUUGAAAAGUGUGGAUAGUUUUAGCUUUCUGCAUCAUCCUGUGCAUCAGAGAAGCUUAGAGAUCCUGCAGAGGUGCAAAGAGGAGAAGUACACCGUAUGUGUGGGUACAGCACAGCCUGCAUGCUCCUCCAGCAGCCCACCGCUAACCCCCACCUGGAGCCUGCACUCUGUCCACUCUCAGCCCGGCAGUCCAACUACAGCGCAGGGUAUGAGCAGAAGGAACCCUCGCUCACCUCUCUCUGACCUGCAGGGCACCAACAACGAGCGAUCUCCUCGAGAGAGUCGGAAUGGCCGUGUUGGGAGACAGAGCAGGCUGUCCUCUGCUGGCUCCGGUGCCGAGGAAGAUGGGAUCUUCAUCAACUCCACUAGCAGCAAACUUCUGGAGAGAGCCCACGGCAUCCUAAUGAGGAACAAAAACUACAAAAUGAAACCCAGUCUUCCAAAGCAUCUCCUGGAUGUGAAGUCUUUGAAGUACCUGGGUAACCUGACCCUCCACGACCGCAUCACCAAAUCGCUGCUACACCUCCACAAAAAGAAGAAACCGCCAAGUAUUAGUGCCCAGUUCCAGGCAUCUCUUAAUAAGCUAAUGGAGACUCUCGGUCAGUCCGAGCCCUACUUCGUCAAAUGCAUCCGAUCAAAUGCAGAGAAGCUGCCCUUGCGGUUUAACGACAGUCUUGUGCUGAGGCAGCUUCGCUACACAGGCAUGCUGGAGACGGUUCGCAUCCGACAAUCAGGAUACAGCAUCAAGUACACUUUUCAGGAGUUCGUCCGUCACUUCCACGUGAUGCUUCCGGAAGACCUCCGACCCACACAGGAGGGCAUCAGAUGCUACCUUGGCCAUUUGGACCUCACUCCUGAUGGCUACCAAGUGGGCCACUCUAUGGUGUUCCUGCGUGAGGUGGAGCGUCAGUUGCUGCAGGACCUGCUCCAUCAGGAGGUGCUGAGGAGGAUUGUGGGUCUCCAGCGGCGAUUCCGAGCCUUGCUGGAGAGGAAGAAUUUCCUCAGGAUGCGAGAGGCUGCCUGCCUCAUCCAGGACUGGUGGCGGGGCUGCCAGGCCAGGCAGAGGGACGAGCAGCUGGAGUACGAUCAUACCGUCCAGCAGGGAGCAGCAGUGUAUCUUCAGGCAGUGUGGAGAGGUUUCCGAGAACGCCGCAGGUACUCUCUAUGGAAGGACUCGGUACUGGUCCUCCAGAGGAACUGGAGAUUGUGCUGCUAUCGACGGGGUCGAGCUGCUCUCACGAUCCAGGCCGCCUGGAGAUGCCACAAGGCGAGGGAGCAGUACCUCCUGCUGGGCCACAUGGUCAUCCUACUCCAAGCGGCAUGCAGAGGCUGUUUGGCUAGGCAGAGGUUUAGAGAACUAAAAGAGCAGAAGCUGAAGGAUUCUCAGUUGCUGAAUGGACAGUUAGGCCCAUCUCCAGAAGAAGAAAAGCUUAGGAUCAUGGGCCUGGACCUGAGCACGUGGGAGGACCGCUCUUACGAGGAACGGGAAAGGAGCCUACAGCGCCUCAGCGAGUUGGAGGCCUCUCAGGAGGAGCCACACAGCGAGGCUUUGGAGGAGAUUGAGCAGAGCGACAAAAAGGUGAGGUUAGACGAAGAUGAAGAAGCAGCAGCAGCAGCAUCUGCAUCACGGGCAGUGAUUCCUCAGGUGGUGGUCCGAGAGAGAUCGAGAACGCUGGAUGAUUCUAACCAGAAGACACGUGCCAAGAGGGAGAGCCGGCGGAUGCGGGAGCUGGAGCAGGCCAAGUUUAGUCUGGAGCUGCUGAAGGUACGUUCAACACAGGAGUUUGGGGAGAGACGAUGGUCUAUAGAGCUGCCCAGCGAAGGUGUCCAGUCUCCUCAGGGCACCCCAGACAGCCAAAGCUCCAAAGGCAGCUUUGAGCUGCUUAGUAUGGAUGACUAUCCCAAAGACAGGGCACCAUAUGCUGAAGCUGAGGACCUCGGAUCUCCAUCUUCAGCACCAGAAGAUCAAGACGUGUUCUAUAGCAGUGUUCCAUCAUCAGUUCCUCCUCAGGAUUCUGGUGCUCUCGCACCUGAAAGUCCUAAGAAAGAACCAGCCGUGCAGCCUGUGCUUCCAAAACUGGAGAACUCUCUCCAGACCUUCUACAUUCCUCCAGUAGAGGGCAGCUCUGCCGUCACAAAGCCUAGUGUGGAGACUAGUGUAGCAUCCUUCACAACACAGCCUGACAGCCCUGCUAAGACUUUAAAAGACAGAAGAGAGUCUUCCCGUAGGCCUGUGGUGGUGGUCAUCAGCAUGCAGAAGGAAACAUUACUCGAUAACGAAAGCAUAAAGUUCCCAGAAGUCCGAGACAGCUCUGCUCAGACCAGCCUGCCCCCAAGCCCGGCGCAAGCAGAUGGGGGUAGCGUCGGUGGCAGCCUGGCUGUGCUGGAGAGGCUGGAGAAGCUAAAUGAGGAGAAGCAGGAGCGGCGGAAGCAGCAGCAGCAGCAGAAUGAGAAGGAGAUGAUGGAGCAGAUUCGGCAGCAGAAGGAGAUCCUGGAGAAACAGCGCAAGUAUUUUGCUCAGUAUGAGCGGGAGAUGUUCGAGAAGCAGAGAGGUGAGGCCUUGCAGAGGAUCGAGCAGAGCAGGCAGGAAGGCUCUGGAGGGACAGCUCUGAAGCAGAGGUCUAUCUCUGUCAGCUCUGACAGAGGGCCUGCACCCAUAGCUCAGCCUGAGCCAGAUCUUGCUGCUUCUCCCCAGCUUCAGAGCAAACAUCCCACUCCUUCUACAGUGUCUACAGUGAGGGAAAGACCGAAAGACAAGCGCACAGUGCCAGACGGCUGGGCCCCCAAACUUACCCUGGAGUCACGAGAUGGUGCAACCAGAGGUACCCCACAUAAGAAGCCCCCUCCGCCCCUUAGUGUCAAGAUCAACAUGGCAGAGAGGCCUGGGAAUAUAUUCUUCUCGCCUAAGGACAAGGGGUCCUUGUCAAAGUUUGAAAAGCCAUUCACCAGUCAAGGGAAGUCACCAGGAGUUCAGAAGGAGGGCGCCCCCUCAGAUUUCAAAUCCAUGAAAGCACCGAAAGGUCGCGAGGUUGGCAGACCGGGCCAUAAAAAAGCCCGCAUGGCGCGGACGCGCUCAGACUUCCUGACCCGAGGUUCAAAUGCCCCGGGGGAGGGGGAGUCAGAGGAGGAAGAGUAUGAUGAGACCUCUCUGUCUCUUGGCCCACCCCUCCCCAAGCAGGACUCAGAGGGGGGGACACUAGAGGCGUGUCACAGUGACUCGGAAAUGCCGUCCACACCUACUGAGGAGCAGAAGAGGAUGCACAAAACCAUGUCAUCUGGAGAUCUUGGAAAGAGUGAAAACCUGAGAAAGAAUUCACAGGGAGAUGGAAGGGUCCGGGGUAAGAUGCGGUUCUGGGGGAAGACGAAGCAGGCGGAUAAGAAGUCGUCCAGAGAGAGGCUGGUGUGUGGCAGUGACACUCUGGAUGGAGAGUACGCUGAUACAGCACUCCUCGUGGCUGAAGGAGAGUGCCUGUCCCCUCCACACAGCCCUGACCUCAGCAGCCAGCGGGAGUUUAAGGAGAACAAGGAACCCUCGCCCAAAGUGAAACGCCGCCGCAGUGUGAAGAUCAGCAGCGUGGCUCUGGAACCCGCCCAGUGGCAGAACGAUGCUCUGCAGAUCCUCACAUGUGCCAGUGACUACAGGAGCAUGAAUGAUUUCCUUAUGAAGAAGAUCAGUGAUUUGGAUACAGAGGACAGUAAGAAGGACACGAUGGUGGAUGUGGUCUUUAAAAAGGCGCUGAAGGAAUUCCGUGUGAACAUUUUCAACUCCUAUUCCACAGCUCUGGCUAUGGAUGAUGGGAAGAGUAUCCGUUAUAAGGAUCUGUACGCGCUGUUCGAGCAGAUCCUGGAGAAGACCAUGCGCCAGGAGCAGAGAGACUGGAGCGAGUCUCCUGUUAAAGUCUGGGUGAACACCUUUAAAGUGUUCUUGGAUGAGUUCAUGACCGAGUAUAAACCGCUGGACAGCAGCAUGAGCAAGGCCCCAAAACCAGACCGCAAGAAGAGAAGGAAAAAGGACUCUGAUAUUGUGGAGGAGCACAACGGCCACAUUUUCAAGUCCACCCAGUACAGCAUUCCCACAUACUGCGAGUACUGCUCCUCCCUCAUCUGGAUGAUGGACAGAGCCUGCGUCUGCAAAUUGUGCCGGUACGCCUGCCACAGAAAGUGCUGUCUGAAGAUGACCACCAAAUGCAGCAAGAAGUACGAUCCCGAACUUUCGUCCAGGCAGUUUGGGGUGGAGGUGUCCCGUCUGACCAACGACGAGCGCUCGGUACCGGUGGUGGUGGAGAAGCUCAUCAACUAUAUUGAAAUGCAUGGCCUUUAUACGGAGGGCAUCUACAGGAAGUCUGGAUCCACCAAUAAGAUUAAAGAACUGAAGCAGGGUCUGGACACAGAUGUGAGCAGUAUGAAUCUGGAUGAGUACAACAUUCACGUCAUUGCCAGCGUUUUCAAGCAGUGGUUGCGUGAUUUGCCCAAUCCCCUUAUGACCUUCGAACUGUAUGAGGAAUUCCUGAGAGCCAUGGGUCUUCAGGACAAGAAGGAGGUCAUACGUGGGGUGUAUUCUGUAAUAGAUCAGCUUAGCAGGACUCAUCUGAAUACCCUGGAAAGACUUAUCUUCCACCUGGUCAGGAUUGCUCUUCAGGAAGAAACCAACCGCAUGUCUGCUAAUGCGUUGGCUAUCGUCUUUGCCCCCUGUAUACUCCGGUGCCCAGACACCAUCGACCCACUGCAGAGCGUUCAAGACAUCGGGAAAACUACGGCAUGUGUAGAACUAAUCAUUUGUGAGCAGAUGAACAAGUACAGAGCCAGGCUAAAGGACAUUAACAGUCUGGAAUUUGCUGAAAACAAAGCCAAAAGCCGACUGACACUCAUUCGCAGGUCUAUGUCUAAUGCAGCCAGAAAGGGUAAGGGAAGAGGGCGCAGGGUGAGUCAUCACACACCUUCACCUCCGGCCAGUCCUCGCACCCCCUGUGCCCCCGAGCCCAUGGAGGAGAGCGGGGAUGAGGAAGUGGUUAGAGACCCCGAGGUGACGGAGCAGCAGCAGGCCGCCAUGCAGCAGGAAGAGCGGGUCCUCACUGAACAGAUUGAGAGCCUGCAGAAAGAGAAGGAGGAGCUGACCUUCGAGAUGUUGUCCCUUGAGCCAAGAGCUUCAGAUGAUGAGACUCUUGAGUCAGAGGCGUCUAUAGGGACAGCGGAUAGCUCUGAGAAUCUCAAUGUUGACUCAGAAGGUGCCACUUCUGACUUCUCAGAGAGAGGCCCAGCGCUGGCCGCCACCCGACCCAAGAAGUCAGAGGGCAAGAGCAGGCGGACGUUGCGGAGGCAGCCCGACUCGCUUGACUCCGUGGAUUCCGGUUCCACGGCCUCGUCUGUCUCCUCAUCUCAUUUGCCCCAGGCUGCCUCGUCUUAUCGCUUCCACCUACGUAGCAAACCACCAUCGCCGGGUCUGUUUCGCUCUGGCGAUGAAGGAGCGGAAGCUUCUGAUCUGCAGGAUGGCGAGGAGAGGCCACGCUUCACCAGCCGGGGGACUUUUAAUCCCGAGAAGGGCAAACUGAAACUGCGGGGGGCCAAGUACUCGCCCCUGAGGCACCGUGACCCUCCUGAGGGCGGAGGCCAUCAUAAGAGAGAACCGGACCUACCGCCACAACAGCUAGUAUUGUACGGCACCAAUGAGUUCAUGGUAUGAAAGUCCAUAAGUGGCCAUUUUUCUGGUCAGAUAGCUACCCUUUUUUUUUUUUGGCGUUUUUUUUUUUCCUUCCUUUGCUAGCUCGCUCAUCGGCGCCCCCUCCCUGCCCCGUCCAUGUCCAUGAGCCAGCAGAACAGUCCCUAAGUGCCAUGUAUGUCCAAGGAGAGGCAGGACGAUGGGGAUCGGAGAGGCCCUGCUGGGAGUGAAGUGCCGUGCGAUGUGGCUGCGUAUUUAACAUUUGCAGAGCAGAUUCAGGAGCUGGGUGGGGCCCGCAGUCAGGGUAAAGGGAAUAAGCAGCAGCGGAAGAGCAGCAGGAUGCACUCAGCUACAGCCGGCAUCCGAGUUAACGUUGCAGAUCCAGGAGACAAAGCCAUUGAUGGUGCACUAGACUCCACAAACUUAAGCGAAACCAUUGGCUGCUUUUGAAGUUUACAGUUUAUAACCGUGUAAGCAGCGCGCUCUAUAAUUACAUGUAUUUUUGCUCCCAAGCCUAUUUAAUAAAUUUUAAUGACAUGGUAUAUAUAUAUAUAAAUAUAUAAAUAUAAAUCUCUAUAUAUAAAUACAUUAUGUGAUAUAAAAGUGUAUAAAGCCGGAACACCAGUGAUUUUUUUUUCUGGGUUGUUGAAUUCAUGUAUUUAUCUUUUGCCUGUCACGAGUACUUUUGGAAAAGAAGAAGCGAUGUAUGGGAGCAGACAGUGGCUGUGAGCAAGUGAGCGACUGACUGGUUGUAUGUGUGUGUAAACAUGCCGUAUGUGUGUGAGAGAGAGAGAGAAUGGGUGUCUGUAUAAUUAUGUGAAAACCACUUGAUGGUGUUUGAAGAUUUCGCUGCUUUUUUUGUUUUUUUGUUUUUUGUGUGUGGAGGGUAAUCUUGGCAUCAAAGGGACCAAGCUAGCUGGUGGGUUAAUAGACCAGCGGAUCCCAGCUAAAUGAAGACUCAGCAGUGUUUCAAACCACAGCCUACUGUAGAAAUCACUAUCAGUCAGUCCUGAGGUUGGGAUAAAGACACUAUUUCUGUCUGCUCCUCCUCCUCCUCAUUUUAUGUUGAUUGCGCACAUGUACAGCUGUAGUCUUGCUGGAGCAAAAACGACCACGUGUGACUGGCUGGCUAAAGUAGUGAAAAUGCUCCUGUCAUUCAUCAUGUUACUGAAGUGGCCUGUGCUAAAACUGGGCCGUGCUUGUCCCCUUAAUCCAUCUCUUUCUUUCCCAUUACGGACCUGCAGGAUGCCUGUGACCAGUCACGAGACGAAGCCAAAGUUACGCUCACUGAUUAUUGUGAGCUACCAUAACCACGUCCUCUACUUCUGACAACAGUUACUAUUAGCAGUAUUUUCCUCAAAGGGAUUUGGAUUUGGACAGGAAUGGAUGUAUUUAUGAAAUACCCACUGAAAAGCGUCAUAACAUAUUUUACCAUUUGACUAUCAUAUUAUAAAUAUGAAACAACAUGCACAACAAUUCCAUGCAAAUUGUCACUGUUAUGUAAAAACAUUGCCUCUUCAUUUCUUUGUGGUAGAAUUUCAUGAUGAAUGGACCAAUAGUGAUGCUCCAACAUUAAGUUUUUUUCCAUUGACUUAGAAGGGUUUUAGUCCUGAAAACUGCAGUUUUGGAGAUGCAAGGUUUUAGCUUGACAGUGACAAAAUGCAUCAAACGUAUGAUGCUUUUCCACUGCAUUCAACCUACACUAGACAACUCAACAAAGUGUUGCAUUUUUUGCCAUUCUAUUGUGUAAAUUGCUGCUACCUGGAACCGGGUACUUUUUUUUUUUUUUUUUAGUUUUUACAUUUCUAGUGUUGUUGACCUUCCAAAUUGAAUUAUCAAAUGAGAUAAAAUUGAGAAAAAAAAAACUCUAGCCUUUAUGUUCCCAUUUGUAAAUUGAAUGGGAAAAAGAAUUAUGUGUAACCUAGAGCCAGGAAGGUUACAUCAGCUGCGCCCUCAGAAAUUGUUCAAUUGAUGUGAAUGUCUGCUGCAUUUCUCUAUCAUAUAUGAUGUAGUGGCCAAAUAAAUGCAGUCUAGUCUUUAAGACAGCUUGUGUCAUCACUAAAGAUGGUAAAAAUAACAGUGUAGGUAUUAUGCAGUGACAAAGUGCCAUAUGAUAUUGUGUGUUAAACAUCCCUACAAGCUCACUGCAGGGUAUCCUCAGACCUUUCACUAGAAGUUCUUUUUGCAGAGCCUCACUUUUAAAGGAUUGGCAUUUGACAUCAUGGAAUAGUGCUCAAGGGAGAGUACUGAUUACCGAAGCCAUGCUUUUUUCACACACAAACACACACAUUUACAGUCCAUGUGAAGAAGACGCCCUGUUGUGUGUGAACUGAUGCUAUCUCCUGAACUGUCUGAAACCUAAUCUCCCAUUGUUGGCCGUAGCCACGCUGCCUGCAGGACUGAGCGAAGUGCACAAUCCCCCCUCAGCGAUGUGUUCCGUUACGCAGAUAUGUGUGUGUAUGAGUGAAUGAGUGAGUGUGUGCGCGUGUAUAAAGUUCAUUUAGAAAAGUGUUUUUUACCAAAAGAUGAAAAUGAUGUCAAUGGUUGUAAAAUGGAAAGAAAAAAAAACACAUUUUGAACAAAAAGAAAAGUGUCAGCUCAUUAAAUCAAAGCUGGAACAA